AUGACGAAAACCAUCUUUUUCGAAGACUUUGUGGUCACAGAUCGAGGCGGAAUCAUCGAGAACAGACACGCAGUCCACGCUGCAGUCGUCGACGCUAGCGGCAAAGUACUCUAUGCUGUCGGCAACCCUUCGCGAAUGACGCUCGCUCGCUCCGCGGCCAAGCCCGCCCAAGCUCUCGCCGUGCUCGAAACACCAGGUUUUGCGAGGUACGGCUUCGACGGAGCGGAUAUAGCUCUCACGUGCGCAUCACACAACAGCGAAGAGCGCCACGUCGCGAGAGCAAAGUCCAUGUUGGCCAAAGUCGGUGCGGAAGAAUCGGACCUGCGCUGCGGCGGCGACCAUUCGAUCUGUCCGGUGGUUAAUCGAUCAUGGAUCAGGGCAGAUUUCACGCCGACUGGGAUCAACAAUAACUGCUCUGGUAAACAUGCGGGCAUGCUCGGCGGCGCAAAGGCACUAGGUGCGGGCUUCGCGGACUAUCACCUCCCUCACCACCCGAUCCAGGCCAAAGUCAAGCAAGUCGUGCAAGACUUGAGCGGGCUCAGUGGAGACAGUCUCAAGUGGGCGAUUGACGGCUGCAACCUCCCUGCGCCUGGACAACCUCUCCACUCCAUGGGUCGCCUGUAUGCCAAGUUUGCAGCGGCUGCCGAUACUAUCGGGAAGGGAGAUGAUACUGCUCAGCCCCCAAGAACGAAAUACAUGUCCGACAUUUACAACGCCAUGGCAACGUACCCCGAAAUGGUCGGCGGCAACGGGCGUUUCUGCACGGCACUCAUGGAGGCUUUCGACGGCGCCCUCAUUGGCAAAGUCGGCGCAGAUGGGUGCUACGCAAUCGGCAUUCGGGGAUCAGGGUCCACGAAGAAGCUUGGUGCCGAGGGAGCCGUAGGCAUAGCCGUCAAAAUCGAAGACGGUAGUCUCGAGAUCCUCUACGCCGCGGUCGCUGAGAUCCUUGAACAGCUGCAAAUCGGGACGGUAGAGAUGCGGAAGCAGUUGGCGAGCUUCCAGCAUUUAAAGCGUGUCAACACAAUGGGCGUCGAGACAGGCCAGGCCUUACACGCCUUCACGAUUCGCCGCAUGGAUUGA